AUGGCUUUCAAGACGCCUAUUGGUACCACUCCAUAUCGCCUUGUCUAUGGCAAGUCUUGCCAUCUCCCGGUGGAGCUUGAACACCAUGCUUUAUGGGCUAUCAAAAAGAUAAAAUUUGAUUUAGAAAGUGCGGGGGAGAAAAGGUGGUUGGAUCUUCAUGAGAUAGAGGAGCUUAGACUUGAUGCUUAUGACUGUGCUAGCACCUACAAAGCUCGUUCCAAAGAAGCUCAUGAUAAGCUUAUUGAGAAGAAGGAGUUUUGUGUGGGUGAUAAAGUCCUCCUCUACCACUCGAGAAUGAAGUUAUUUCCCGGAAAGCUCAUGUCAAAAUGGAGUGGUCCUUUCUUGGUGAAAGAUGUUUUUGCUAAUGGCACCGUGGAGAUUUCUCCUUUGGAUUCCUCAUCUUCUUUCAAGGUUAACGGUCAUCGGCUUAAGAAAUAUUUUGAUGGAGUGUUUGUUGGUCUUAUUCAUAAAAUGAUUCUUUUCAAACCACCUUGA